CAUCGCUCCUUGAAGGUGGGAGGGGAGGCCAUUGAACACGGCGCUCUUCAUCCAGCCUCCAAUCUCCGUCCUUGGGCGCCUCUGAGCGGCGCUGUGUCCCGGUUAGUUUUUCAGAAGCGGGCUUCUGGAAAGCCAAGAAGCCCAGAAACCCAUGAAUAAGUGUCGCAUGACGCACAGCAUCGUCAACCUCGGCCAUGGAUCUCGGGGGUUCUGAGGGCGGCUUUGAUGCGAGCCCCGGUCUCCCGCCGAAGCCGAGGGACCUCCCUGCCGACCUCCCGCGCUCGCUCGACGACAGGAGACAUGUACCGACCGAGCUGGUGCCCGAGACCGAGUUGUACGAUGGAUGGCAGGGGCAAUCUCAGUUCUUGACGUCGCCCAUGCUCGCCAAGCCCCUGACCUUCAGCGACCUGACCCUCGACGACAACUACGGCGACGACCUGACCAAGGGCGGCCCCGACAGCGAGACGCGCCUGAUGGAGAUGCUUGCCGCCCAAGCCGCCCAUGCGGCGAGCGCCGCCUUUGACGACGAAGACGCCAUCGCUGCCGACGAGCAGAGGUCGGACGACGAGAAGAGGGAUAUCUUGCAGAAGACCUUCAUCAUGGCCGCGAGCAAUGGCAACCUCGAGUCGGUCAACAAGAUUCUGAACGGCAAGGCGAAGCAGUACGUUGACAUCAACGCGCCAGAUGAGGAGGGCACGCCUGCCCUCAUCUAUGCCAGCUGCUUUGGCCACGAGGCGGUUGUGCAAGCCCUCAUUGACGCCGGCGUCGAUGUGAACAGGCAGGACCGCAAUCAGUGGAGCGCCCUCAUGUGGGCCAUGACGAACCGGCACAAGGGCAUUGCGAAGCUGCUGCUGGACAACGGGGCGUCGCCCGAGGCGAAAACGUCAACCGGGAGAACAGCCUUCGAUUUUGCCGCGCCCGACAGCGACAUGUCGUUCUACCUCAGCGGGUACGGCCUCGGCAAUGCGGGGGCCACCGACGACUUCUACAACCCCGGCUUCAACCAGGACAGGUUUGAAGAGGAGCUGGCUGAGAACGAGAUGCGGCGGCGCAUGAUGAUGGAGAGUGCGCGCGACUUGGAGGUCGACCUUGGGAACGUGGGCAUGGACGAUCAGCCCGAGUCCCUAGAAGACUUCGAAGAAGAGCAGCAAGAGUUUGACUGGUCGAGAUGUCUUCACGACCAGAUGUUUGUGUUCCAGGAAAACGAGCUGGAGCGCAUUCUGGAUAUUGUCAUCACCAACAUGACGCCGCAGCGCUCGCCGUCUCAAAAACCGGUGCCCGCCAACAUGGUCUUCCUAAGCGCCCGAUACGCGCACUACCAUUCCAGCCCCGAGUUGCUGGCGAAGCUCCUCAUCACCGCCAUGGACAAGAUCAACACCGUGGUGGAGAAACACCAGUGGGACAUGACCAUCCUUGCCUUCUGGAUGUCCAACGCCACCCUAUUGCUUCACUACCUGAAGAAGGACGCUGGUCUCGUGGAGGCCACAACCGAGUUCCAGGCGCAGCUCGCCGAAUUAAUAAACGAAAUUUUCAUACUAAUAGUCCGGGAUGCCGAGCGGCGCCUGGACAAGGUCCUGGACGUGGCCAUGCUGGACCACGAGACAAUACCCGGCUUCGAAGACAUCACGUUUCAAAACGAGUGGAAGAUCUUCAAGCGGAAAAAGGAGGUCAAGGAAGAGCCCUUAGAGAAGCGGUUGCGGCCACCGUCUCCCAAGCAAAGAGCGAAGCCGUCCCCACGCAACGUCACCUCGCUCCUCUCCUCUACGCUUUUCGUUCUCGACCUGUACGACGUGCACUCGGUCAUCACCGCUCAGAUCAUCUCGCAGCUGAUCUAUUGGCUCGGCGCGGAGCUCUUCAACCGGAUCAUGUCGAACCGGAAGUACCUGGCACGCACCAAGGCGAUGCAGAUCCGCAUGAACAUCUCGACGCUCGAAGACUGGGCGCGCCAGAACAACCGCCAGCCCGAACACUACGAGAAGGGCGAGAUGAAGUCGAGCGGCGAGACCACCGUCGAGGCGGCCCGGCGCCACCUCGCGCCCGUCAUCCAGCUGCUCCAAUGGCUACAAUGCUUCUCCUCUCUCGGCGCCGACGACCUCGAAGCGCUAGUCGGCACCUUGCAGCAACUCCGCGCCCUCAACCCACAGCAACUAGUCCACGCGGCAACGCACUACCGGCCCGAAGUCGGCGAGAAGGGCCUCCCGAAGAGCGCCAUGAAGUAUCUUGUCGCCAUUCAGAAGGAGACCGCCCUCCGACGCGAAAGAAACCGCGCGGCGGCGGCUGCGGCGGCAUCAUCCCCGCCGGCUACGCCAGGCAAACAACAACAGCCAUCCCAUUCGUCACCAUCAUCAUCAAAACCCACCAACGGCCACGGCAGCACCACGGGCCCAUCGUCGGCCCCCAGCACGCCCAAAGCGGAGCAGCAGCAGCAACAACAACAACAAGCCUCAGACCUACAAGACGAUGACGAGGCGCCGCCGAACCUGCUGCUCGACCCGGCCCUGAUGCUGCCGUUCACCCUGCCCAGCGCGACCGACAUGCUGGUCAGCUACGGCGCCGGGUUCGGCGGCGUCAACCGCGAGCGCGAGCGCAAGUACAUCCCGACCGUGCCGGCCGAGUUCCUCGAGAAGAUCGAGGCGGCCACCGGCGGCGGGGCGAACAGGUCGGCUGCGGCGACGGCGGCGCUGUAUGGCGGGCGGGAUUGGGAGGCGGAGGAUGAGGAAGGGGAGGAGGGGGGUUAACGGGUGGCUGAGUGAACGACAAACAGGGUUGUGAGAUGCAGAGAAAGGGAGAGAUAGGGGUGAGGGGAUAGAUGGGGUUGGGUAAGCGGAUUGUGGUUGGAGGGUAGGCU